AUGUGCAUCGUCCUGGCCAGGGAGAGGUACAGCAAACAUGGCGAGAUCGAUGCUGCAGCCAUCCGAAGCACGAUCGCUGGUGACCUUUUGGCAACAUUCCCCCCCUUCGUACGCGUGACCUCAAGCACGGGCUGCGACCUGCCCAACGAGAAGCGCCAGACCAGCCAAUACGACCUUGUGACGGCGCCUCCGGGAACUGAGCUGGUUGACGACAAUAUCUCUGCUAGCCUGGUCGCCACGAAUGUCACGACAGCGGUCGUCUCUGUCACGCUCCUAGACUUUACCAGCUCUCCAUCGCUGCUCCACAACAUGUGCGAUACCAUCCUCAGAGGAGCUUUGCCCGAUGAGAGGGAGGGCGGCGAGUGGUGGAACCUGUUCAAAGCUGUCUGCUACCCUUCAGAUGAAGCGAAGGACUACCUGCUGGUUGGGGCAGCAAAGUACCUUCUAUCACCCGACCUGGAUAUGACUGUCGCCGCGGUCCGGGUGUUGGAUGCGGAUUGGAGACUCACAUCGCCCCGUUGGCGAACAUCCGAUUUCGUAUGGCUGGUGCUUUGGCUGCUGCCGAUCUGGGCGGCAGUGCUCUUGCCUGCGGUCGUUGUCUGUAGAGCAGCAUUGGGCCACAGACGUGCAGCGGUGCUGCAGGAGCUGGAACGCGCCUUGGACGCGAUCGAGGUGGACAAGAACCGAAACCGCUUCCACGGAGCGGAGGCGGGCAAGGCCGUUCGCCAGACGAGGUGGCUUGCGCGUACUCUGCUCCUCUUGGCCGUCCCUCUUCUGCCCUGGCUGCCCGCCUUGGCUGUCCUCCCGGUCGCCCUCCCUCUCUCUCAGCAGGACGUCGCCUGUGCGGCGUGGGUCAAGUCGAGAGCGUCGCGGCGCUUCUGGCUUCUCUUGGGCUGCGCGAGUGGUGUCAUCUACUGCGCCUGGCUCCUGGCGAGCUGGAGUCUGACCUACAGCGGGGAAGACCAAGACCUGUACCCGGUGGGGACGUUUAUCGUUUCGCACGAGGCCUUCGUCAGCGAGUGCCACCAGCUCGUCGGUCCGAGAGACGAGUACGAAUCGUUUCGUCUGGGCGGCAAGAACGUCUAUUAUCCAUUUCAUGGCAAGGUCUGUAGCGUGUACCUGCACGCGAUUCGGCCGGAAAACGCGCCCAUCUUCGCUUGGACGCUCUUCGGCCAGGGCUGCGUCAGCCUGCUUCUCGCCUGCGUCUCUGGGGCGCUGCUGCUCAAAAGCGCGGGGUGCAAGGCCGUCCCCGGCGGCCGCUACCUCGCAGCGUUCGCGCGCUGCGGCGCAACGAGCGUCGACGGGCUGCUGGCUGGCGCUUCGGAGCGAGUCUCCGACAGAUUUGCAGGCUCGGCUAAGGAGCUCGUCACCGGCCAGCCCGAGGAGGCGGCAACGGGGCUCUACGGGAUCAUCGGCUACGAGGAGGCUUACCUGCGAGAGCGCAUGGCUGCGGGCACCGCCGCCAUCGUCGCGGAGGCCGAGGCGCUGGGCGACCCGGAGGUGCUCGAGAACCUGCGCUACAUCCUCGACGCGCCGGCCGGCUCGAGUAACACGCAAUUCCACAACGGCUGGCGGCGCGACCGAGCCCCGGACGGCUCCAGCCUCCGCAGCCGAAGGGGUAUGCGGCUCGCCGACUUUGUCGCGCUGCCGGUGGCUCGCAGGGCGCGGCUUGAGGAAGCGCACGUCGUCGCUUUGCGUCUGUAUUCGACGGCCGCGUUUCGCGCUCUCAACGGCCCGAUGCGCAACCUGAAGCUCAGCCCCUGCCGCAAGGACGAGGCGGGCAGUCCGCUCCCGCUCGAGCCCCCGCAGCUGGCGGCGCCCCACCCGCAGCCCGUGACGAUGGCCUUCAUCUAUGAGGCGUUGAAGCGGAUGCGCGCCGUCGCCGCAGCGACGACGGUCGACCCCGAGUGCAAGAAGAUGGAGGAACUGGCGGUGGCUGGCGAGCUCAGCCUGGAGACGCUGCGGCAGGCGUCGCGGCAGGCGCGGCGAGACGAGGAGGGAGGUGACAAGGAGAGCCAAGAGGAGGGCUCCGGUUUGGAGGAGGGGCGGGCGACUGGUGUCAGCAAGAGCUCGUACCUUGGUUCAGUCGACCAGAGCGCGGGCGAGGGGCACGGGGAGCGCACAGGUGCUGGGAGAGGCAGCGCGCCGCUGUCUGUGCUGCAAGCGGUGGCCAGGGCAUUCGGCUGUGAGCGGCCGGCGAAGCCAGAGGAGGGGCGUAUCCUCUGGCGCGGGAUGGGGGACAUGCUUUGUUCGCCUCGCUUUCUCGCGCUCGGCGGGACUGAGUUUGCCUGCUGCAGCACGACCUCUCGGCUGGAGGUCGCGGCUCGCUACGCGUGCGCCGCCGGCGAGAAGGCCUUGCUCUUCCGCAUCAAGAGCAGCACAUUUAUGAACAUGGGCGUGGACAUCAGCGACUUCUCCGCGUUUCCGCACGAGCAGGAGUGCCUGUAUCCUCCCCUCACGUACCUGCACCCCACCGGCGUCACCCACCGGCUUGUGCGCGACGACGUCGAGUUCGACGUGGUGGAGGUCGAGCCGUCGUUCCCGAGCUGA